UCUUUUGUAAUCCUCUCUUUGUACCCAUACAAUCCAACGUAUCUCGUCCAUUAUGGACUCCAUUGCGUCAGCGGGCUGGAGACUUGUAUACGCAGCUGACGAUCCUUCCUUCAAUUAUCAUAGAAAUGGGACUGCUGUGAUAUCCUCCACACCGGGAGCAAUUGCGACUUUUGAGUUCUCUGGAACUGGGAUAUGGGAUUACGGUGCCAGACGUGACAACCAUGGGAAUUAUACUGUGUCGUUAGAUGGGGGGGAUGAGCAUCUCUGAUGAUAUUAACGAUCCUCGAUUCCCUGGGGCCAGGCUAUUUUGACAUUGAC